AUGGCGAAGCUGCUGGUGCCCCUGGUGAUGCUGGGGGCGGUGGCGGGGUCCCACCGCUGCCCCCCCCGCUGCCUCUGCCCGGCGGCCGCCCCCAACCCCACCCUCCUCUGCGCCCGCACCGGCCUCCUGGCCGUGCCCCCCACCCUGGACCGCGCCGCCGUGGAGCUGCGUCUCGCCGACAACUUCAUCGGCGCCGUGGGACGCGCGGACUUCGCCAACAUGAGCAGCCUGGUCCACCUCACCCUCUCCCGCAACGGGCUGCGCCGGUUGGCGCCCGGCGCCUUCGCUGACCUCCGCGCCCUCCGCGCCCUCCACCUGGACGGCAACCGGCUGCCGGCGCUGAGCGGGGCGCAGCUGCGGGGCUUGGCCAGCCUCCGCCACCUCAUCUUGGCCAACAACCAACUGGCCGCCAUCGAACCCGCCGCCUUCGCCGCCUUCGCCGCCACGGUGGAGGAUCUCGACCUCUCCCAUAACAAUUUGCCAGCCUUGCCGUGGGAGGCGGUGGCCGGCAUGGCCAGUUUGGCCACCCUCACCUUGGAUCACAACCUCUUGGAGCGGGUCCCCGCCGGGGCGGUGGCGCGGUUACCCCGCUUGGCACGGUUGGACCUCACCGCCAACCGCUUACGGGCGUUACCGCCGGUGCCGGGACCGCCGGGACCCAGUUUGGCGGCGGGGGGGAACCCUUUGCAUUGCAACUGUGAGCUGCUGUGGUUGCGCCGGUUGGCGCAGCCGGGCCGGUUGGAGAGCUGCGCCUCGCCGCCGCCGCUUGCCGGACGCCUGCUCUGGGCCGUGCCGGAGGAGGAGCUGGCGUGCCGGGCGCCGGCCAUCGCCGGAGCGGCCGCUGACCCCGCCGCCGUGUUAGAAGGUCAACCCUUACGGUUGGGUUGCGCUGCCGCCGGUGACCCACCGCCGGCGCUGCAUUGGUUGGGUCCUGAUGGGCGGUUGGUGCAGAACGGGUCACGCCGCGCCGUCCGUCCCGACGGCUCCUUGGAGCUGCGGGUGGCCACGCUCCGCGACCACGGCGCCUUCACCUGCGUCGCCUCCAACGCCGCUGGCGAGGCGGCCGCCCGGGUGCAGGUGGCCGUCCUGCCGCUGCCUGUCCCUCGUGGCGACGGGGACGAGGACGCCGAAGCCGGGCCUGGUCCUUCUGACAUGGCUCGUGCCGGCGGCAACGAGUCGCGGGUGGCGGGUGAGCGGCGCAUCGUGGCGGCCGAGCUGACGGCCUCCUCGGCGCGCAUCCGCUGGCUGCCCCAGCGCCACGUCCCCGGCAUCCGCAUGUUCCAGAUCCAGUACAACAGCUCCCUCGACGACUCCCUCGUCUACAGGCUGCUGCCGCCCUCCAGCCGGAGCUUCGUGCUGCGGGACCUGGCGGCGGGGCGCGAGUACGACCUCUGCGUCUCGGCGCUCUACGCCGAGGGGGCGACGGCGCUGCCCACCGCCCGCGCCCUCGGCUGCGUCCGCUUCGCCACGGCCGGGGGGGCCCCCGGCUGCGCCGCCCUCCCCCGACCCCAUUUUUUGGGGGGCACCGUCAUCAUCGUCAUCGGCGCCGCCAUCGCCGCCUCCGUCCUCGUCUUCAUCCUCAUCCUCACCGCCCGCUACAAGGCGGCGGCCGCCCGCCGCCCCCCCGCUGCCGUCGCCAGCGUCUGCUCCCAGACCAACGGCACCCACAGACCCCCCGAGCCGGAGCCGCCGCCGCCGCCGCCACCGCUGCUGCCCCCCACCCUCCCGCCCCCGGCACCCAUGGGUGCUGCCGCAGGGGGGGCGCGGGGGCUCUUCCCUAGCCACAGCUACCCGCGGCGCGCACGGACUCGGCGCCAUGGCUCGCUGCCGCGCCUCGACCUGCCCGACGCGGCCCCCACCCUGCGCCCCUCCUUCGGCAGCACCCACUGGAUGCUCGAGAGCACCGUCUAG